AUGGCUGCCAUGACGGACAAGGCAGACCCCAUCGCUGUGUCCGAACUACCUGGGGAAUCUGAUCAGUCCACUUCGAAUCACAACCUCUCGCAUGGCUCGAUCGAGGACAGGGCAAAACUGCUCGACGCGACCCCUGAGGACGUCCUCGAAGCAGAAGAGCACGCAACCACGCUAAGCUUGGAAGAGACCAAGAGGCUCGCCGAGAACCUCAUAACAUUCCACCAAAAAGACUCCAAUUUCAACUCCGAGUCCAUUGAUCGCCUUUCCAACUUUAUCCAGCAUCCAGAAGUCUUUGAAAAGCCGGACGCCCACGCAGUAUAUAUUUCUGACAUAAAGACCGAAGUGGCUCUCUUGACCUUCAAUUCGCCCUAUGCAGAAGUCCGAGCCGUUGUCAGCAACAAGGACGACACAUCGGCCCCAGCCGGAACACUUCGCGCCUGGACGAUUGUUCUUCUCCUUACGUCAACCGGCUAUUCUCCUGGAGCUACUGUAGUCCAGCUACUCUCCUUCCCACUGGGAAAGGCCUGGGAGAGACUGGUGCCGACGGGCGAGGUUAAUCUAUUUGGCUUACGUUUUAGGCCUAAUCCAGGUCAUUUCACUCAAAAGGAGCAUAUGUUGAUCUCUAUCAUGGCGAACGUGGCAGGCACACCACCAUAUGGCCGCUUCAUCGUCAUUACAACUUGGCUUGAGAAGUACUUCAACUUAUCAUUUGCUUCGUCGUUUGGAUUCCAAAUCUGUGUUACGAUCUCUCAGAAUCUGAUGGGCUUUGGACUUGCGGGGUUGGCUAGAAGAUUCUUGGUUUACCCGGCCUUCUGCAUCUGGCCUCGUUCGUUAGCCGCCGUGGCAAUGAACCAGUCUCUGCACAACGAGGGAAAUACGCCUGUGCCUGGUCCCUUUAAAAGGACUUACAAUCUUUCUCGAUAUAAGCUCUUUAUGGUCGCAUUCAGCGCCAUGUUCAUAUACUUUUGGCUCCCUGAAUAUUUUGCGUCGGCUCUUUCUCUCUUCAACUGGCUUGCCUGGAUCUCGCCAAAUAACUUCAACUUAGCUACCAUUACCGGUCUCAGGAAAGGUCUCGGAUUCAAUCCAAUACCUACUUUUGACUGGAAUGUGUUGACGCACAAUGUCCAACCUCUUCUCGUGCCAUUCCACGUUACCUUUAACAUGUUUAUUGGCUGUUUCAUCGGUGGGAUUACAAUCAUCUCUCUUUAUUGGACUAAUACCUAUAAUACCGCAUACCUUCCGAUCAACACCAAUACCAUGUUUAACCAAAACGCAACGAAAUAUAAUGUCUCGGCAAUCUUGAAUAAGGAUGGGCUUCUCGAUGAGGCCAAGUAUCAGUCUUAUAGUCAAGUCUAUAUUGCUGCUUCCUCGGUCAAUUAUUACAUUUAUUUCUUCGCCGUUUACAGUGCCGUCAUUUCGUAUACUGGUCUUUACCACUGGAACGAUCUCAAACUAGGCUUCCGCUCUCUCCGGGAUAGUUUGUUCAGAAAAGAUGCGAAGCGUGACGACUUCGACGAUGUCCAUUCGAGACUAAUGAAGACCUACAGGGAGGUGCCCGAAUGGUGGUACCUCAUUCUUAAUGUUAUCUCCAUCAUUUUUGGAGUCGUUUCUGUGGCCUGCUGGCCCACUCAUACCAGCGUCGGUACCGUCUUCUUCGGCAUAGCUCUCGCUCUACUCUUUACUAUCCCAACAGGCAUUAUCUUUGCUACUACUGGAAUCGAGGUUGAGUUUAAUGUCCUUGCGGAAUUCAUCGGUGGUGCCUGGCAACCCGGAAACGCUCUCGCUAUGAACUUUUUUAAAAACUUCGGUUGGGUAACGAUUGCGCAUGCCCUUGAUUUUGCCAAUGAUCUCAAGCUUGGCCAUUACCUAAAGAUCCCUCAGCGCCAGGUAUUUUGGUGUCAGAUCGUUGCUACCGUCUUGUCUGCUUUUAUUAGCGUUGGUGUCAUGAACUUCCAGGUCCUCAAAAUUGAGAAUGUCUGUCAGCCAGGCCAAAAAGACAAGUUCACCUGUCCGCAAAUGGAGUCUUUCUUCACGGCUGCUGUUCUCUUCGGCUCACUCGCCCCACGAAGAGUCUUUGGUACAGGUGGCCAAUACACCGCUCUUCUUGCCGCCUUUCCGGUCGGCCUCGCACUUCCCAUUAUCCAUUACUACGCUACAAGAAGACUGCCCCGGACACAUUGGCUUACCAAGGUUCAUCCCGUUGUCAUGAUGAAAGGAGCCUAUUCCUGGUCUCCCUACAAUAUUGGUUAUAUGUGGCCCGCUGUGCCUCCAGCCUGGCUUUCGUGGAUAUACCUUCGAAAGAGAUACCUUGCGUUCUGGGCAAAGUAUAAUUAUACUCUUUCGGCGGCAUUCUCUACUGGUAUAGCCAUUUCCGCAGUCGUAAUUUUCUUUGCCCUGAGCUAUCACCAGUUGGAUCUUAACUGGAUAGGCAAUAACGCGGACAGUGGGUGCGAAGCAAAUACCUGUACACGGCUGAAGUUGGCUGAAGGAGAGAUUUUCGGGCCACAGCCUGGGACAUUUGUUUAA